AUGGUGGAGGAGGAGAAGGUGAAGGUGGAGGUGGAGACUUGUAGUAAUAUGGUGGAGGUGGUGAAGGUGAUGGAGGUGGAGGAGAUUUAUAAUAGUACGGUGGAGGAGGUGAUGGAGAAGGUGGAGGUGGAGACUUGUAGUAAUAUGGUGGAGGUGGUGAAGGUGAUGGAGGUGGAGGUGACUUAUAAUAGUACGGUGGAGGAGGUGAUGGAGAAGGUGGAGGUGGAGACUUGUAGUAAUAUGGUGGAGGUGGUGAAGGUGAUGGAGGUGGAGGUGACUUAUAAUAGUACGGUGGAGGAGGUGAUGGAGAAGGUGGAGGUGGAGACUUAUAUAGAUAUGGAGGAGGUGGUGGAGACUUGUAAAUAUAUGGUGGAGGAGGAGAGGGAGAUGGUGGGGGUGGAGACUUGUAGACAUAGGGUGGAGGAGGUGAUGGUGAUGGUGGAGGUGGAGAUUUGUAGUAAUAUGGGGGAGGUGGUGAAGGUGAUGGUGGGGGAGGUGACUUAUAAACGUAUGGAGGUGGUGGUGAGGGAGAUGGUGGUGGCGGAGAUUUGUAGACAUAAGAUGGGGGAGGAGAAGGAGACGGUGGAGGUGGAGACUUGUAAACAUAAGGAGGUGGUGGCGAUGGAGAUGGUGGUGGAGGUGACUUAUACACAUAUGGAGGUGGUGGGGAGGGAGAUGGAGGAGGUGGAGACUUAUAAACAUAUGGAGGGGGAGGCGAAGGAGAUGGUGGAGGAGGGGACUUGUAAACAUAUGGUGGAGGUGGUGAUGGAGAGGGAGGUGGUGGUGUCUUGUAAACAUAUGGUGGAGGAGGUGAUGGGGAUGGUGGGGGUGGAUAUUUGUAGACAUAUGGAGGAGGAGGUGAGGGAGAUGGUGGGGGAGGAGAUUUAUAAACAUAUGGAGGUGGUGGGGAUGGAGAAGGUGGAGGAGGGGAUUUGUAGGCAUAUGGUGGAGGAGGAGAAGGGGAAGGUGGAGGUGGUGAUUUAUAGAUAUAUGGAGGUGGUGGAGAAGGAGAUGGUGGUGGGGGAGACUUGUAAACAUAAGGUGGAGGCGGUGAAGGUGAUGGUGGAGGAGGAGACUUGUAAAUAUAUGGUGGGGGAGGAGAGGGGGAUGGAGGUGGUGGUGAUUUGUAGACAUAUGGAGGUGGUGGGGAUGGAGAAGGCGGAGGAGGAGACUUAUAAACAUAUGGAGGAGGUGGUGGAGGAGGUGAGGGAGAGGGAGAGGGAGGUGGAGGUGGAGGGGACUUGUAAACAUAUGGAGGUGGUGGAGAUGGAGAAGGAGGUGGGGGUGAUUUGUAGUAAUAUGGAGGGAAUUCAUGGACAUAGUGAAGUGGUGGUGGAGGUGGAGAUUUGUAGUAAUAUGCAGGUGAGUUGA